UCUUGCGUUGACGUCUCCAUCGAGAAAAUCCCUAAGAGAGCAAAGGAACGUAGAGUCACGUAGCGCAACAAACGCAUUUCCUUAGGUAUAAACACAUUCCUUCAUUCAUUCAUUCUCGGCAAAAUCUUAGUUUAGUUGGAAGUAAACAUGUUUAAGAAGUCCAUGGAGCUAAAGUCACACCAGAGGUUAUCUGGUGCUGACAGGAAAAAGCUCAAGAGGACCAUCAAGGACAGGUUCCCUGCUGCUUCUGAUCCUGAUAUCGAUUCUUUACUCCCUCCCAAGGUGGAGAUUACAGUUGACAAGUUUCAAAAUCGAGUUAUUGCUUAUGGGGUUGAAGGAGGGUUUCCAAUGUUUUUCGAUGUUGAUGGCAGAGGCACCGAAAUCUUCCCAACUGUGUAUGCUCUGUGGAAGGUUCCAAAUCUGUUGCCUAGUUUCUUGCUGAAGGGGGGUGAGGUGUCUCGUUAUGUGAUUGGUGGAGCGGAUCUCAUGUUCCCCGGUAUCAGCAUUCCUCCAGAAGGACUACCUUCCUUUUCAGCUGGUGAGAUAUGGGCAGUAAAAGUUCCUGGCAACCCUGCUCCAAUCGCAGUUGGGAAUACCACAAUGAGCAGCACUGAAGCAUUAAAAGCCAGUUUGCGAGGAAAGGCAUUGAAAAUCACUCACUAUUAUCGUGAUUUACUCUGGGAAUCGGUAGAAGGCCACUAUGUACCCAAUGCAGGAUUUCUAGAGGAUGUUGUGUUUGAGUAUCCUGCCUCAUCUUCAUUGUGUCAGACAUCAGAUUCAUGUGAUGAUGACAUGGCAAAUUCUUCUCAUGAUCAAUGGGAUGGAAUUGAUGAUAAAGAAGUGAGAGACUCUGUUGAUGCUGCUGAUGAUCAAUCUGUCCGCAAAUUUGUUUCAAUGGCCCAAACUGAUGCUUUAAACAAAUCAGCUGAACAAGAAAUAACUUCAAGUGUGGCCGAUAUGAAGGUAACAGAUAAUGUUUCUGCUGGUGAGUCAAUUGCAGAGGAUCAACAUCCUUUGUCCAUGGAGGAUGUGGACAUGCUUUUGGACAAGUGUCUUUUGCAAGCAUUGCAUACAACCGUUAAAGACUUACCCAUGCCUGGAAGCACCCUAUGGUCAAACCAUGUAUUACCAUGUCGACCAUCGGGCAUCACCCUAGACAUCAAGAAAUCAUCGCAUAAGAAACUUUCAAAAUGGCUACUUGCUAAAGCUUCUGGAGGAUUGAUCACGGUAAAAGAAGACAAGUAUAAGAAAGAGGCUGUUUUGUUAUCUGUCAAUCGCAAUCAUCUAGAUUACUCAUCCUUCAAACCGGAAAAACGAAAAGCGGAGAAUAGUGAACAGACCACUAAACAAUCUCCGAAUGAAAGCCGGUCCAAUAAAAUUCUUGAAGUUGCAGAGAUCUAUAAAUCAAGUGUUCAUGUAAAUCCCAUAUUUUCUGCCGUGCGAGCUGAUAAGGGACAGCUUUACAGUGCUUCUGAGGCCAUUGCUGUUGUUCAAAAGUAUGUUGAUAAUGAAAAUCUAGUGAAGCCAACAAACAAAUCCAUUGUUGUUUUGGAUGCAAUAUUAUGCGACGUGCUAUUCAAGGGAGCCAUAAAAAAAGGUUUGACAUACCCAACAGAAAUCCAUAAGAAAGACCUAGGAUCGGCAUUCAUAAAUCGGAUGCAAGCUCAUCACAUUGUGACUAGGGGGAAUGAGUCAGUUGUUCGAAAAGGUGGUCUAAAAACAAUCCAGAUAUUGACAGAACGAAGGCAAGGUAACAAGAAGGUAACAAAACUCUCUGGGAUGGAAACAUUUUUGAUCGAUGCCGAGUCUUUGGCUUCCGAGCUGCAGAAAAAGUUCGCUUGCAGUACAUCAGUGGCAGAACUACCAGGUAAGAAAGGACACGAGGUCCUGGUUCAAGGUGGUGUGAUUGAUGACCUGGCAAAACAUUUGAUUGAGCAAUAUGGGAUUCCAAAGAGAUACAUCGAAGUUCUGGACAAGACACGGAAAUGACAGGCUUAACGGUGUUCUCAUCCUCAUGGAAUAUGUUAUUUUGUGAAUUUAAAGUUUAAAACUCUUAACUUGUGCUUAGAAGUGUGAUCUGCCAAUUUGCGUUUUUUUUUUAAUUCAAACAGGUUAGAUGUUGAGGAUGGACAUUCUACUACUGAAAUAUGAGCGCUGAGGGUUUGUUGAGUACUGCUUUGCAUGUACUUGAAUCUUUUUCAACACAGUAAAAUGUACAUACUUUUCUGAUUUGCAUCCUUUUUGUUUUUCAUUCGUUGCA